AUGAUGAUCCCGGACGAUAAGGUCAUGGUAAGGGACUGUGACAGUUCAGGUAGUGCUGAAUUAGCUACACAUUGUUCUUCCCAACUACAAGUCGGUGAUUCUGAUAACUGUUCACCGCUGCGCUUUAGUAAAAAUAACGAAGCACGACAAACCAGGAUAGCUGCAAAUAAAGCUAGGGAUAGAAUUAAAAGAUGUUUC